AUGGUAUGCGGAGGCAACGUCUACGACGCCUUGCUGGUGCAGCACGACCCCAACUGCUCCCCCAUGGAAUGCAACUGUUUCUACAAGCAGUGCAUCGAGGCUGAGUGUGGCGUGUCCUUCAACCCCCGGUCUCUCGGUCCCGACGGCUCAACCACCGUCUUCCUGAGCCACUACGCCAACAGCAAGUGCGGGGGCAACUUCACUCAUGCGGAAGUGUACCACACGGAGCUCUGCCAGCAUGAUUUGGCACAGCUCCGCAGUUUCAAGUUUACCUGUGUGGGUGGGAAGGUCAUGCAGACUGACUACUCUGACUACAACUGCAUGGAACCCUUGAGCAACAAGACUGGUGUCGUCAGAGAAUGCUAUGCCGAUGGUAAGGGCGGAUCAUUUGCCUACCGCUGCCUGGCAGGCUGGUCUGGGGCGCUGUAG